UUGUGAACAUGUACAAAUAUAGUCUAUAUUUUUAAAUACUUUUAUACGGUAUGGUAAUUAAGUACGUACUGAAUAUUGUUAAAUAGGCCUAAUCAAUUGCGUAUGUUCUGGCAGCUUAACUGGUAUAGAGCAUUAUGUUAGUAUCACAAAUGUUGUGAGUUUGAUUCCCAGGGAACACACAUGAUAAAAAUAUAUACUCUGAUUGUAACCAAACAAUGGCGGUACCCAUCAAUUCAACUGUAUAGACACAAAACCAAUGCAUGUCAAUGGGUACUGCCGUUGUUCGUUACCAACAUUCUUCAAAAUAUCUUUUGUGUUCUCCAGAAGAAAGAAAGUCAUACAGAUUUGAAAUGACAAGAGGGUGAAUAAAUGAUGACAGAAUUCUCAUUUUUGUGCAAACUAACCCAUUUAGUACAACAUUUGGGUCUUAUACAGUAUGUCCAUCCAUAAUUGACUGCAGGGAUGCUUGCAAUGGCUGACACAGUAUAAAAUGACACUUAAGACACCUUAACAUAGAUGGUUGGAGUCAUAAGUAGGCCCUUUCUGUUGAGCAGUUAAAAGUGGACAGGAAGGAAGCAAUGUCUGAAAUGGCUUCUCAUUCCUUGUUUAAAGGUUAUUGCACCACCACCCAUUGCUGAUAUGAUCUGAGCUGUUAGAAGCUGAGCUCUUGGGCCGCUGAUUUGGCUGGAGGCUUCAGUGCUGUUUGUAAAAUAGACACAAGUUAAGAAAAAGAAGUAAAACAUUUGUCAUUAAGAGCCCAUAACAGGUCUAACCAGUGGUUUCCUCUAGAAACUGGAAGGAUUGAUUAGUACAGCGUUCUCCGGUGAGUGAGACUAUGAAUGAGGGUUCAUUUGGUAGGGAGAAUGGAGUAAAUUGUGUCACUUUUAUUGAAGUUGUCCUCUAGCCACAGAGAUAUUACUAUACAACGAAUGCUCUAAUGAUUUUAUUUUCAUAGACCAUUGACUAUUAAGAUAAAGAAUAGAACAACUAUUUUAUUAUGUGUACUGAACAAAAUAAUGCAUUAUGAGAAGAGGAUAUUUUGAGAAAUGCCUCAGUGGUUUUGUGUCCACACUGGAAGUCAACGGGCGCAAUGUUGUUUGCUUACCAACGUUCUUCAAAAUAUCUUCUGUUGUGUUCUGCAGAAUAAACGAAAGUCAUACAGGUUUGGAAUCAAUUAAAUGUUGUUUUCCACACUUUUGUGAGUCGCUUUGGAUAAAAGCAUCUGCUGAAUGGCUCAAUGUAAAUGGUUUUUUUUUCAUGGAAAGUUACUAGGAAUAUUAAGCCAAUAUACACUAACAAGCCACCGAGACGCAUGAUAUAUAAUUGUAAACCUGCUUCAACAUAAAGGUAACACACCACGUGUACAGUGUCCAAGAUUAAAGGAAGGAAGUCAUACAAUUUGAUGGUGAGUAAAUGAUGACAGAAUAUUCAUUUUUGAGUGAACUAUCACUUUGAGCUUACAUCUAAGGGAAUGUCUCUCAACCCUUACAGUGAAACUUUGAUGGUUUGGGGGGUGGAUACAAAAAUAAUUUUUAUACAGCACGUAUGAUAGAUAGAUAGAUAGAUAGAUAGAUAGAUAGAUAGAUAGAUAGAUAGAUAGAUAGAUAGAUAGAUAGAUAGAUAGAUAGAUAGAUAGAUAGAUAGAUAGAUAGAUAGAUAGAUAGAUAGAUAGAUAGACGUUCUCUGAGAGACUAACAAUUCAACCAAUGCAGAAUAGAAUAGAAUAUAGAAUAAUUCACAACGAUCACAAUAAACCUGACAGUUCAAAUACACAGGGAUGCAGAAGCUGCUUGCCAGGAUAAAAAGCCAAAAGCACCUUAAUUCACAUCACAGGUAAUAAUUGUAAAAUAUCUGUUUUCCUUUUCCCCCACUUUGAAGUGAAGUGGCUACUGCCUGUUCUUGCCCCGUAGGAAACGCACAUUAGAUUUAUGACUUUACAGACAACCAAAUUACACUGUCCCUCGCUGCAGCCCAGGAAGGCCAGUAAUCGCUUAAUACACAACAGCUAAUUGUGACCAUACAGAGAUCCAGAGUUUAUGUGACACAUGAUAAGUGUUUUUCCAUCCCUCUGGCACAGAAAAGGUGUAAAGGCAAAUUGGUAAAAGAGGCUUAUCUGAUGAAGCCAUAAUUUGUCAUGAAUGUUCUCAUUUUUCUCUCAACAACAGGGACAAGGCAAGACAAUCCAUCUGGAUCAAGGUGGGGAAAAAACUUGGGAAUGAAAUAUUUUUACACUGAUGUAAAUGUUGCGCAUUAUAGAUGACCAAUGGUUUAUGGUUUUUAAUUGAGAUUUCGGCUUCUCAACACCUUCAUAGCAUGGAGGACGUUUCAUUGUGUUUUGACUAGCAAAGCAUGUUUAAUUUAAAGGGAUAGUUCACCCCAAAAUGAAUAUUCUCUCAUUAUUUGUUCAUCCUCUUGUCAUUUCAAACCUGAGUGACAUUCUUUGUUCUGGUAACCAAACAACUUCGGCCCCCAUUGACUUGCAUUGGUUUUGUGGCCAUACAAUAGAAGUGAACGGUGACCACCGUUGUUCGGUUAACAACAUUCUUCAAAAUAUCUUCUUUUGUGUUCUUCUGCGGAAGAAAGAAAGUCAUACAGGUUUGAAAAGACAAGAGGAUGAACAAAUAAUGACAUUUCUGGGUGAACUAUCACUUUAAGUACAAUUGCACAAUGGUUCCAGUGUGUAAGUUUUGGAUAUGAAAGAUCUGUGUGAAUUCAUUUUGAUUCUGGCUUUAUUCUCCAUAAAAUCAUUUUAUUUAUUUGGAAUAAAGAUAAAUAACCGUUAAAGUGUCAAAAACAAACAUGCAGGCAUUUUCACACACCUUGAAGUUACACACGCCUGUCAGCCUUGCAAAUUCCAUUCCUCAUUUUCAGCACCGUACAGUUGGAAAGAGCAGAUCCUGUGUGUUGAGGAGGUGUGUCAGAGUCUGUUGAUUGAUGUCUACGUUUGCCUGGAGGGCACUUGUAAACACAGAAUACACCUUUGCUUAUAGCAGCUGGCCCACGUGACACGUCAGGUUGUCUUUAAAAGCCCCGCUCACCUUUGCUGAAACUGUCAGAUCUCAUCUGCAGGACAAAGGUCAUAUCAUCAGCGAUGAGUUUGGGCGGCACCAGUACGGAAUCUGAAGUUUCAGAGGAUGAGUUGGAGGACUGUCCUGUUGGUCAGGAUGAUGACUGUCGAAAUGAAGACCCCAAAGAACCUUCCGUCUCACCCUGUCCCAGUGACCCGGAGGACAUUAAGGUGGUCAAGAGGCGUAACCGUCCCGUACGGUCCAAAGCACGAAGAGUCACCGCCAACAUCAGGGAACGAAAGCGUAUCCUGGACUACAAUCAGGCCUUCAACGCUUUACGCACCAUUCUCAAGCACGACCUCAGUGGGAAGCGCCUCUCCAAGAUCUCAACCCUACGCCGUGCCAUACACCAUAUUUCAGCACUGUCCUCGUACCUGCGGACGCAUUCAACAACAGAACCCGAUUCACCUCCCUGCACCCAUAUAGAGUGCUACAGGCAACCAGAAGUGAACACAGCAACUUUCCGGGAGCCCGUUGAGAACUAUCUUCACCAUCAGAGAGACAUCUAUGGGAUGCAUGACCAGACGGUCUCCCCAGAGAUACCUUUGUAUCAGGAAACAUCAAACUCAGCACACCUCUGUUCACCAUCUCCACAUUACAGCCAUUACAGUCCCAACAGCCAGAUUCACAUGAGCCAUGGACGCUAUGGUCACCAAUGGGAUGACCAAAGCAGUUAUUACUACAACGGGGGUCCUGGAUAUCAACAUGGAAUGAGGGUGACCUGUCAUCAGAACCACAUGGAGACCUACUGUAUGCAGAGUCUGCUAACUCAACAUUGACUUGGCAAAUGGGUUCCCUUCAAUAUCAUGGAUAUCAACAAUCACUAAGUAUGCACUGAAUAGCGUUUAUCAUUGUAAGCUUUAGCAGUUCAUGAACAUUGCAACAUAAAAUCCUGUGCAUUGCAUUUGUAGACACACGUGAUUGGAGACUGUUAUGGAUGUGUGCUGAUACUGUAUAUUUGUCUUUUUUAGGAGGAUGGUUAAUUUUUCAGGCUGGAAAAUAUACUGUAUAUUACAACAAAUGUCUUGUAAUGAUGCCUAAAUUAUUGUGUCUGGACUGGUGUACCUACAUAGUAAAUAUUGUAAGAUAUUUUUGACUAUG